UGGGUCUAAGAGCGAGGGUUUUCCAGUAAAGAAGGUGGGGAAAUUCAGACACUGACAAACCACAGAGACACAACAGCCAGCAAACAGGUAUUAAUCCGUCCAAUAUUCAUCCAUCAUGGCCGAGUCAUCUCAUAGCUGGUGGAAACUAACUUUCCUCAGGAGAAAAAAAUCCCAGCCAAAGGUUCUGUAUGAAAUCCCAGCAGAGUUUGUUUCUAACACCGGCAUCAGCCACAAUGGAUCAGGUGGAACCCCCGAUGUCCAGCAACAGGAGGAGGCCGAUCAUGACUCCCAGCUGGACGCCCGUCUGGAGAGGAUUGUAGAUAAGACCACAGCCAGUAGAGGGCGCCACGUCAAAGUGUCCCACUCCGGGAGGUUUAAAGAGAAGAAGAAAGUGCGGGCCACACUAGCAGAGAACCCAGACAUGUUUCCAGUCGGGGAUUCUAUGAGAGAUGAGAACCAGAAAGCUGUAGGGAAAUAACAGGGAGCCAGAUGAAAGACCAGAACACCAAUAAGACCAACAGGAUUUCACACAUACAUUCAUAACUGAACUGUCCAAAGAAUGGUGUUUGUGUUUAUGGCAAUGAACAAUCACAAAACUCGUUAUUGUUUAUAUUUCCAUACAGUUUGGACAUUCCAUUGAAGUCGAUACAGAGAGCAUCUGUAUAGUCUGAGUGAUGGCUACAGUUUAAACAUGUUUAUUUUAUGU